CUUUCACGGCAAUUCACAUCACAAUGAACGUCGCAAGCCUGGGACGGCCAGUCGGCUGUCUCAAGACUGCCCUUCGACGAACAAGAUUCCAGAGGAACUUCCAGAGACAUGCCUCUUCAGCAGCCGCUGUUGAGUCUACGUCCAAGCGGAUGCUAAAUGCCUUCAGCGCUGAGCAGCGGGCGGAUAUUGCCAAGGUCAGCAAAUUCUACGUUCAUCCCCGCGUCCCGAGCAUUCGCAGCACGCAUCCCGAUCCCAUGCCCGCACUCUUGGAAAAGCAAAUCACCAAGCUCGACCCAACUGGCGCACGCACACGACUUUUCUCCAGGGAACACGCCGACAGCGCCAAGGUGGGGGAUGUCCUGAUGGUGACGACAAAAAGCGGCGAGCCCUUUGCUGGAGCUUUUCUUCAAAUCCGACGUCGGGGCCAGGAUACGGCCAUCCAACUGCGAGGACAGAUGAUGAAGGUGGGCGUGGAGAUGUGGUUCAAGAUUUACAGCCCAACGGUGACGGGUAUCGACAUUAUCUGGCGACGACCCAAGAGGGCACGACGUGCUCGUCUCACAUACAUGCGCAAGCCCAAGCACGACAUGGGCAGUGUGGACCAGAUGGUGUUUGCCUGGAAGAAGGAGAGAUACACUCUACGGUCACGGGCCAGUCAGACUGGAAGACCAGUUGGAAAGCAACAUGCCAAGAUUCUCGGACAGAAGAAGCCAUAGACGGAUUCGGGCAUUGGGAAUGGUUGUAUGAUAAAUCGUGUAUAAGAACUUGCAUAGUGUAUCAAUCACUUUACCAAA